AUUUUCUGUGGUAGAUUUGUGGGUGGAGUAAAUUACUCAUUGCACAACUGUACAAAAGCAAAUUGUUGAAUUCAACUCAUGGAAGCCAUCCUAGAGUGUUAAAAGCUUUUCCUGAAAUGACAUCAAAUCUUAGGUCUUGGAAUAUGUCUGUAAAAUGAGCCUAUAUGAGGAUGAGGUGGAGGAGGAUGAGAGAGAGGUGAAGGAUGUUCACUACAGUCCACUAUGUCUAGAGACCAGCUGUGUGCCAAUGAAGAGUAAGCACACAAUGCCUGAUCCCCCUUUAUUCAGUGAUGGAACAGAGGCACUUCACACCAGGGACAGAGAGAGAAGAGCAGCAUUUCCAGGAUUUAGCUGUGUAUCCAUGAAGAGUAAUGAUUCCCUUUGGCAGCCUCCUAAUCUUAAUAAUGAAGUGGUGACUUCAGACCACAUAGAUGAGAAAGAUUCAUAUUUAACCAACUCCAGAUGUCAAAACCACACGGGGCAGCAUGAAACAGAUUCCAACUGGCAGACACCCACACUGCUGGAGAAGACUGAAUACCUCCAGCAUGAUUCUGUCCAAACAGUUGAUGAUGUGCUACAGAGAGUAAAAGAAAUUCAUAAAUUCAACAUGAAGAAGAAGUAUGAGACUUUUUUUGAGGGAAUCAAACUGCAAGAAAGCAAAACCUUGGUGAAUAAGAUUUACACACAACUCUACAUCAUAGAUGGAGUUGGAGAAGCUGUGAAUGAAGAGCAUGAGGUUUUAAAGAUAGCGAGAACUUCCCAAACAUUUAAACAACACAUACAAGACACCCUAAUAAGCUACAAUGACAUAUUUAAACAUUUACCUGAACUGGCAUGUAAAGAGAAUGCAAAAAUUAAGACUGUUCUUACUCAAGGUAUCGCUGGAAUUGGAAAAACAGUCUCUGUGCAAAAGUUUAUUCUUGACUGGGCUGAAGGAAAAUACAAUCAGGAUGUAGAUUUCAUGUUUGUGCUUCCAUUCCGUCAGAUAAACUUGAUAAAAGAUGAGCAGUAUAGUCUUUACAAACUUCUGCAUAACUUUCAUCCUGAACUUCAAGAUCUAAAGAUUUAUAACAAGUGUAAAAUUGUGAUUAUCUUUGAUGGACUGGAUGAAAGCAGAAUUACACUGAAUUUUACAGUUAGUGAAAUUGUUUCUGACAUGGAAAAGUCUUCAUCAGUAGGGGUGAUAAUAUCAAACCUGAUCAGAGGAGAUCUGCUUCCCUCUGCUAACAUCUGGAUCACCUCCAGACCUGCAGCAGCCAAUCAGAUUCCUUCUAAAUACAUCACACGUGUGACAGAAAUCCAAGGAUUCAAUGACGCUCAGAAGGAGGAAUAUUUCAGGAAGAGAAUCAGUGACGAGCAUCAAGCCGACAGAAUCAUCUCACACAUUAAAAGAGUGAAAAGCCUCCACAUCAUGUGUCACAUACCGGUCUUCUGUUGGAUCUCAUCUACUGUGCUUCAGAACAUCCUGAAUCAAGACCACACCGCAGAGAUCCCGAAAACCUUGACUGAAAUGUACAUCCACUUCCUACUGUUUCAGAUCAAUAUGAAGAAUCAGAAAUAUGAUCCAGAGAAAGAUCCAGGGAAACUCCUGCAGUCCAACAGAGUAGUGAUUGUGAAACUGGCUGAACUGGCCUCCAAACAGCUGAUGAAGGGCAAUGUGGUGUUCUAUGAGGAGGAUCUGAGAGAGUGUGGCAUAGAUAUUGCUGAAGCUUCACUGUAUUCUGGCAUCUGCACUGAGAUCUUUAAGGGGGAAUCUGUCAUUUUUCAGAGGAAAAUCUACUGCUUCAUUCAUCUCAGCUUUCAGGAGUUUCUGGCUGCUUUCUAUGUGUUUUUGCAUGAAGAGUGGUAUAGACAUAAGAAAAUCUCUCUCUCUGAAAUAAUAGAAGCAGUAAUUAAUAAAACCCUUGAGUGUGAAAAUGGACAUCUGGAUCUUUUCCUACGAUUCUUGCUGGGCAUCUCACUGGGGUCAAAUCAGAGACUCUUACAGGAUUUACUGACACACUCCGUGAACACCUCAGAGACCAUCAGGAACACUGCACAGUACAUUAAGAGCCAAAUUAUAGCUAACGAAUGUUUAACAGCUGACCGAUCCAUCAACUUGUUUCUCUGUCUGCUUGAAAUGAACGACCAGUCCAUCUACAGAGAGAUUGAGGAGUUUCUGAUAUCAGACAAACAUUCAAAAAAUAAGCUCUCUGCUUCCCACUGCUCAGCAAUAGCCUACAUGCUUCAGAUGUCAGAGGAGGUGCUGGAUGAGCUGGACCUCAACAAAUACAACACAACACAGGAAGGCAAAUGGAGACUGAUACCAGCUAUAAUAAACUGCAGGAAAGCUCUACUUGCAGGCUGUGAUCUCACUCUUCAAAGAUUUGAAAGUGUGGCCUCUGUUCUGCAAUUACCAAAGUCCCCCCUGAGAGAGCUGGAUUUGAGUAACAAUGACCUGGAGGAUUUAGGAAGUAUGCUGCUUUUUGCUGGACUGGAAAGUCCACACUGUCAACUAGAAGCACUAAGAUUGACCUACUGUAAUCUCACCGAGCAAUCAUGCAAGGGCUUGGCAUCCGCUCUAGAAUCACCAGACUCCUCACUAAGACAGCUGGACCUGAGUAACAAUGACCUGCUAGAUUUAGGAGUAAAACUGCUCUCUGCUGGACUGAAGAGUCCAAACUGUCACCUGGAGAUAUUGAGGUUAUCUGGCUGUAUGGUUACAGAAGAAGGAUGUACUGCUCUGGUCUCAGCUCUGAGAUCAAACCCCUCACAUCUGAGAGAACUGGAUCUCAGCUACAAUCACCCAGGAGAUUCAGGAAUGAAGCUUCUCUCUGAUCUGCUGGAUGACAAACAAUGCAAACUAGAUUGUAUCAGUGUGGAUCAUGUUGGAGAGGUCAGGAUUAGAGCCGGACUACACAAGUAUGCCUGUGAUCUCACACUGGAUCCAAACACAGUAAACACUCAUCUAUGUCUGUCUGAGGAGAACAGAAUGGUCACACGUUUGAAAAAGGAGCAGGAGUCAUAUUCUGAUCAUCCAGAGAGAUUUGAUUACUGGCCUCAGGUUGUGUGUAGAGAGAGUCUGUCUGCUCGCUGUUACUGGGAGGCUGAAUGGAGCGGGUGGAAAGGAGCUGUUAUAUCUGUGACACAUAAAGGAAUCAACAGGAAAGGAGGAGGUGAUGACUGUAGGUUUGGAUUUAAUGAAAACUCCUGGAGCAUUGACUGCACUGAUGACACCUUCACUGUUUGGCACAAUAAAAACAGCACUGAUAUAGAUGCUGCUUCAACCCUGUACAACAGGGUAGGAGUUUAUCUGGACUGUCCCGCUGGUACUUUGUCCUUCUACAGCAUCUCUGACAAACUCACACACUUGCACACAUUUCACUCCACAUUCACAGAACCACUGUUUGCUGGAUUCAGGAUUUAUACUGAUUCCUCCGUUUCUCUGUGCUGCAUUUAUCACCAUAGGUCGCAAAACAAUAACAAAUAACAGGGGCGUAGGUUAAUAACACUGUGAUGACCGUUUAGUGGAAUGAUGGGAGAUGUAGUCUUUACUUCUGCUACAGAUGGAACUCUUAUGAGACUCACAAAUCAUGUUCAUGGAUUACCAUCCAUGCUCAGAACAUGAAUGGAAAGUACUCUAAUCAUGUCCAUUUUAGACACCAUUAGGCCUACGUUAAAACAGGGUGGAUAAAAAGCAUUAUAAAAAGUACUAUUACUCAUUAGACAUGUGGGUUUGUUGAGUGCGUGUGCACAUAAUUAAGAUUAAAUCUAUGGGAAGUUUUAUAAAGGCCCAAGAACAUUGCCAAUGUACAGAGAAAAUGUAUUUUCAGGGUCUGUGUGAGGAUUUACGGAUCAUAUAUGCAAUGAGAUCAUAAAAAUUGCGGUUUUAAGAUCCAUAUAUGGUUACUUUGGGGAGGAGACCGAGGCAAACUGAAAGCAUGUGCAUCUGUGCACAAUAUUUGACUUGCUACUGGUGACUGUUGAAUGAUCAUACAUAAAAGUAAAAUAAGUUUUUCAAGUAUUUAAGUAGUUAAAAGAUGUGACUACGACCUGUAAGUUAUUUAUUUUAUAUAUGAGGAAAUAACACAUUUUCAUUGACUCUUUAUUAUGUGCAUGCAAAAUGUGCAUUUGUUUGUAAAAGGGUGUCGCUGAAAUGUCUUUUUUUUAAGUUCAUUUUCUCAUUCAUUCACAUAUUGUUAAAGUUUCUACUUACUUUUACCUAAUGUAGUUUUAAUUUUAUUAUUGUAUAUGUUUGGAUUUGUUUUCUUUGUUAUUGUUCUCUCAUUUGGGUAAUGGAUUUAUAUUAUUUUAUUGUAUGAAGAUCAUUUUGUUUCUUAAGUUCGGUAUUUGUUGGAGUGCAUUCUGCAUUUGUCACUUAUUUUCUAACACUGUACAUUUACAAACUUCUGGAUGUAAAUUUUGUAUCAGAGGCAAAGCUAUAAAUUAUGGCCAAUCCAAUCACUAGUUCGGUAAUUGCCAAAAUAUGGGAAAAAACGACUUGUACUUCAUCUUGAAAGCACCUGUAAAUACUCUGAGUACAUAUUACAUUGAAAACAAGGUUUGAAUUAAAUUAAUCAAUUUAAUCAUGUACAUCGGUUCCAUACGAUUCAAGUUUUUUUUACAUAAAUAUAUUUUUAUUUUUAUU